AUGGCCCACAAGUGGCUGGUCGUGCCCGCCUGCUCCAUGAUCUGCCGCGCGUACACCAUGCCGGCCACGUGUGAUAAAUGCGCCACCUGUAAAUCCGUAAUGUACGCCAUCUACUACUCCGCGUCCAUCCCCUCCUCGUGGUUGGCAUUGAAUAACUCCGCCGCGGCUGGCUGCUCCUUCUUGUCAUGGGCGUUGCUUCUGAACGCGCUGGCCCCGCGCAUGAACCGCUGGCUGAUCCUAAUGGCAAUAUCCUGGUACGUGGGGAUGUUUAAUGCCUGGCCUAACCGCGCCUGCGUCUCGCGCUUCAACACCUCGCGGAACUGGUUAGACGUCCACGCGCGCUGCGUGCCCGCAUCGGGGCCCCAUAAAUAUGGGCUGGCUAACCCUAACCCUAACCCUGAUGCUGUGGCGGCGGCGCCUGCGGGUUGGCUGGAUGAGUGGGCUAACCCUACCCUAGGCGCGCGAGCUUGGGCAUCCUCCCUACCCCCAUCAAACCCUAACCCUAAUCCCCUGCCUGCUGGCUGGGUUACUAGCUGCUGCUGCUGCUGCUGCGCUGCCUGCCACGCGGUUAACUGCUCUGUGAACGGCAACACUAACCACAUGUACCACACGAUCAACUCCCCUACCGCCCGCGGCACGUACCAGUGGAUCAGCUUGAUGUUAUUGCUCGCGUGGAACCCCUUGUGGUACGCCGUCACCACCGUCACCAUCCCAUCCUUGAUAAAUAUAUUCUAG